UCGCAUUCGAAACAGGAACUUUUUUGCGUCGAACCCGGAAACGUCGGAGGGACCUAUUAUAGUGUUGCAAAAGCAGACCAGUCCGGUCGUCGGAAAAAUGUCUGACCAGAAACCAAAGUUGGAUCCUGAAGUCCCCUUUGCCAAGAGAAUAGAUCCAAACAAGGAGGAUCUUACCAGGGACGAGUUCUACUUUAUCAGACAAGUGGAGCUCGCGCAAUGGAAGAAGAAAUCGCAGCAACUGAGGGGCCGUAAUAUUGCAACAGGACUUGGUAUCGGAGCCAUUGUAAUGGGAAUUUAUGCCUACACGUUUUACUCAGUGAAACAGGAGAAGAUCAUGGAUGAGCUGGAUGAGGAGGCCAAGAUAAGAGGGGCAAAGACAGGCGCCAACUGACAUGGCAAUCAGAAAACUUAGCUCAGAUGGACUGUGUGGUGUGCCAGGUAUCCUAUCUACUUUACCGGAAUGGACGAAGGGACUAAUGCAGAAGCUACACCUUAUUCCACUGCUAGCCAUUGUCAACUUUCAAAGAGGCAGCAUUGGACCUGUUUUGCCCAGGUUAUGUAACUAUGUUGCUGACUUAAGGGUCUUCAUUGUGAUUAAACAUGUGUAACAGGGUUAUAUUGGUGAUUCCCCUUGUCACUUUAUUGUUAAGCCAAUGGGUUUUGGUUUUAGUUUCGUCUUGCCUUCACCUACUCAACAUGGCAUCUUAUUGGCUGGUUUGCGUAGCUUGCUUACGAGGGGGGAUGUUCCAGUUAGAAUCGUCCCAGUGAACAUGCACCAAACCAUCAGUAAGUUGUUGGUUGCAAAGCACUGCACGCCAAAAGUGGUUUUUAUACUCCCAAGUGAUGUUUUAACUGUACAAUUUAUAUCAAUUUGUUUGUAAAUGUUAUUGGAACAUCACACAUAAGACGCAGCGGUUUUUGUUGCAUAUUUGUUGUGCAUUUUGUUGUAGAUAAUUCCACCUAAUACUAGCUAGCAACUUACUGUGUCUGGUGGGGGGGUUCGUAUAUUUUGUACAGUGCGUCACGUGCAGAGUUGGAUGGUGAGCUGUGCAUUGCGUGACGUGCAAUUUUGUGCUGUUCCUAUCAGAAUAAAGCUCCAUGACUGGUGCUACAAGUUGGCGCUUGUGUCGAUGAUUGAUUGUACACAAUGCAAGAAGAGUACUGUUACACAUGCUUGUCAAUAGGAGGAAAGAUCUACUGCUCCCGAUUGCCCUACCAAUUCAGGAUACCUGGGUGGUGUUUACUAAAUGGAAGAAAAUGGACUACUAAAAAAGAAAUCUGUAGUGUGCCCUACAUGAACAUGACCCUAUUCUUCCUUUUCUCCCAAUAAGUAGUCAGUCACUUGUAUAUAAUUAUUGGUACUGCCCCAUUCAGUGUCAUGUCUCCCAAAACUGUCUAUAGAACUAAUUCAACCUCCAAUCAAUGAUGUGAAUUCUACAGUGACCUUAAAAUGUGUGGGAUUUGAAUUGGAACUACUGAACUGAGACAAAGAAACACAAUCAGUUUGAAAUAUAUUUAUGUUGAUAAAGGACGGAGUUGUAAAAA